AAGAAUUGAAAUAGGUAGAGCUUCAAAGCUAAAGCAGACCUUACUUAAAGUAAUUUUCAGGUGAUGGUAAAUAACGUCCGUGUUCUUCGCUUAAUAGUAGAUCCUCCGUCUUCGCACUUCCAGAAGAACCAAGAGAACCGAAGCUAAACUAAUAGCCAUGAACAAUCCUUUACCCACUCUCCUCCUCCUCCUCGCCGUUUUAGUUGGCUCUUCUUUGACCCAUGUCAGAUCGGACGCCUCCGACCACCGCUAUAAGGAGGGUGACUCUGUCCCUCUCUAUGCCAACAAGGUCGGCCCUUUUCACAACCCCAGUGAAACGUAUCGCUUUUUCGAUCUGCCCUUCUGCGUUCCAGAUCAUCUGAAGGAGAAAAAAGAAGCUCUUGGUGAGGUGUUGAAUGGGGAUCGUUUAGUGAGUGCUCCAUAUAAACUAAACUUUAGAGAUGAGAAAACCUCAGCAGUUGUUUGUAGGAAGACACUUACAAAGGAGGAAGUCGCUCGGUUCAGAUCUGCUAUUGACAAAGACUAUUACUUCCAAAUGUACUAUGAUGAUCUACCCAUCUGGGGCUUCAUAGGAAAGGUUGAUAAGGAAGGCAAGACUGACCCGAGUGAGUACAAAUACUUCCUCUACAAGCAUAUCCAAUUUGAUGUUCUUUACAAUAAGGAUCGUGUAAUUGAAGUGAGUGUCCGGAUGGAUCCCCAUUCACUGCUGGAUCUGACGGAGGACAAGGAAGUUGAAACUGAGUUCCUGUAUACUGUGAAGUGGAAGGAAACAGAUACUCCCUUUGAGAAGAGAAUGGAAAAGUACUCUCUGUCUUCUUCACAGCCACAUCACUUGGAAAUUCAUUGGUUCUCCAUUAUAAAUUCAUGUGUGACAGUUCUUCUUCUCACCGGUUUUCUUGCUACCAUUCUUAUGCGGGUCUUGAAGAAUGAUUUCGUGAAGUAUGCACAAGAUGAGGAGGCAGCUGAUGAUCAGGAAGAGACCGGAUGGAAGUACAUUCAUGGUGAUGUAUUUAGAUUCCCAAAGUACAAAUCUUUGUUUGCUGCAGCCCUUGGGUCUGGCACCCAGCUGUUCACUCUCACUGUAUUUAUUUUCCUUCUUGCCCUGGUUGGUGUAUUUUAUCCAUACAAUCGUGGAGCUUUGUUUACUGCACUGGUGGUCAUAUAUGCUCUGACGUCUGGCGUUGCGGGAUAUACAGCAACCUCUUUCUAUUGUCAGUUGGAAGGAAACAACUGGGUGAGGAAUCUUUUGCUGACAGGAUGCCUUUUCUGUGGGCCUCUUUUCCUCACGUUCUGCUUCCUUAACACUGUUGCCAUUAUUUACAGUGCGACUGCAGCAUUGCCUUUCGGAACCAUUGUUGUGAUACUCCUUAUAUGGACAUUAGUAACAUCACCAUUACUUGUGUUGGGCGGUAUCGCUGGAAAAAAUAGCAAAUCUGAAUUUCAAGCCCCCGUCCGCACCACAAAAUAUCCUCGAGAGAUCCCACAAUUGCCUUGGUACAGGAGUACUCUUCCUCAAAUGGCAAUGGCAGGUUUUCUGCCUUUUAGUGCUAUCUACAUUGAGCUAUACUACAUUUUUGCCAGUGUCUGGGGACACAGGAUUUACACCAUUUACAGCAUCCUGUUUAUUGUCUUCAUUAUUCUUCUGAUUGUCACUGCUUUCAUAACUGUGGCUUUGACAUACUUUCAACUUGCUGCUGAAGAUCAUGAAUGGUGGUGGAGGUCUUUUCUAUGUGGGGGAUCGACUGGGCUUUUUAUAUAUGCUUAUUGCUUGUACUACUACUAUGCACGAUCUGAUAUGUCUGGUUUCAUGCAAACCUCCUUCUUCUUUGGGUACAUGGCCUGCAUAUGCUAUGGCUUCUUUCUCAUGCUAGGGAUGGUGGGUUUCCGGGCGUCGCUGUUCUUUGUUCGCCACAUAUACAAGUCGAUCAAGUGUGAGUAGAGUGGGCCGUUUCUCGAUUUUGUUUCAGUGAACACCAUAUGAGAAAAAUGUCUAUGAUUUGUUGGAAUUUAGGUUGGAGAUUGUAUUGAGUAUCAAAAGUUAAAGUAGGCCUUUUACCCUGGGCAUGCAUGUCUCAAGGGGUCUCCUCAGAUCUCUGAAAUGCAUUGGCUUAGCAUUACGUUGUAGGAAUUCUAAGGACCAUCAUCAGAUUCAGGCUACACAAAAUGAAAAAUGCUUUGUUCUGUUGCAGUUUGUACAA